CUGACAUGGAGCAAGUCAGUGCAGAAUCUCCUGGACUGGAAGACAUUCCAGAUCGAAUGGUGUCGUUGACAGAAGCAGUACGGCAAGAGAGGAUUGUCAGAGCGAGGAAGUUAAUAGAUAUCAGUAUAAGUCAAGCUGUUCAACCAGAAUCCACAAUGCCACCCAUACCAACAGACAACGUAUUAAUUACAGAUAAACUUAUAUUUGCAAAAAUCGAGAAAGCUUUCUUCUCAUUGAGUACACACUUAUAA